AUGUCUCUCAACUAUUCGAAUUCUCCCGAGAGCCUUGCUGCAAGUCAUGCUUUUGAGGAGAUCCCCGAAUUAGAUCCUCAAGUUGAAGACACAAAUGUCCAUAUUCACUUUGCAAAAGUUUUAAAAGACUUUAGAAUAAAUUUUGGUCACCGGUUUGUUAAUGAACUAGUCAGAGAUUUCCGAAAGUUCUCAGCCCAGGAAAUCCUCAACUCCUAUGAGCAGAAUACAGAUCAAAGCAUAAUUGAAAAUUGGAUUUUGGAGUGUCAAUUUUGGGAUUUGGUAGAAACAGUUUUUCAAGACAGUUUCGUCAAAGGUUUAUCUAAUCGCGACGGAGAGGUUUCGAGGACGAAAAAUAUCAACAAAUUCACUUCUAGAUCAAUCAUGUCAGACAACGCUUUAAUUCAAAAUCCUGAGCUGUCCCGGAUCUAUGUCCUGAUGAGGUGGCUUUCGAAGAGUUUCAAGCUUGACAUUACUAAUAAUGAUUACAAAGCUAAUAUGGAUUCGUUGCCCGCAACCAAAUGGCUUAAUACAAAAAUGCGAAUUCAGUCUAACAAUCCAAAAUAUGCUCAUAUGUAUCUCGAUGACGAUUUUUAUUUGCGCUCCAAUUCUAGCGAUGGUUUGCAUGAAGAUGAUACACGUGAGAACGAUUCCUUUUUCAAAGCUUGUUUCCAUUUGCUUUUGUCUGGGGAAAUAGAACAGAUAUUUCAAUUGUGUGAGAAUACAAAUAACUGGGGUUUUUCGCUCAUAUUGACAGCUCUACAGGAUUAUAUCGACCCAAGAGUUGAAUUGGAUGACAACGCUGCAAAACCAGUUGGCGUGAAGAAUACAAUUUUGUGGAGACGCUCUUUGUACCAGUUAUCUCAGAUGAAGCUUCUUUCUAAAUAUGAGAAAUCGUGCUACGGAUUUCUCUGCGGAGACGUGAACUCGUGCGAACAGCAGGCUCACUCUUGGGAGUCUAAAUUACUGAUUUACCUCAACAAUAUCUUUCUUUAUGAGGUAGAACAAGCAAUGGUUGCACAAGGGUUUCCCUUAAAGUCCAAUCUAACGUCAGAUUGGUGCCCUUCUGGAUUACCUAGACCACCAAAGGCUGUGGAAACGAUUACUGAUGCCUUGAAUAUUUUAUCAUCAUCCCCUGACCAUAUUAUCGCAGAGCAGAGCCAACAUCCUCUUCGUGUUCUGAUGGGGUCUGUAAUGUCCAAUAAAGUUGAGAGUUUGAUGAGAAAUAGUUUGGAUGCACUUCAAAAUCUACUAUUGCACUCUGCAGAAGGCCUCGACUCGUUUGAACUCACGAGUGACGCUUAUUUAUUGAGGGUCCUUGUCCAUUUUGCGAUAGUUCUUGAACUGAUCUUUGGUGAUCAAUUGAUAUCAAAUACCGAGUACACGCAGUUGCUGAGAUCUUAUAUUUCGAGGCUGAUCCUAUACAAGCACUAUGAUUUGAUUCCAAUUUACAUCUCCUUCAUCCCAAACGAUGAGGACUUAGUGGAUACAUGUCUACAUUUGUUUUCCCAUUAUCAGUUUGAUAAAAGCGAGAGAGUCAAACAGCUCAAAGUGAUUAGACAGCUCAAUCUGCCAUUAGAAUCAAUACUGAGAAAAAGCGCAAUGUCACUAUUCAAAAGCACCCAGCAUAUGUAUAUUCACGAUCAAGAAAUCUGUCUCAGCUCACAAGUCACCGAGUGUGAUCGUAAGCUGUUUAGUACCGUUCAUUGGUUCCAUGAUGCUGGGAUGCUGAGCGACUGUGUUGAAUCUCUGGUUUCCCUUUUUAGAAGGCUAUUAUUAUGUGGAAAGAUUCAAGCAACUAUUGAGAUGAUUGGGUCAAUGAAUAUACGUGAGGUUAUUCGUGAGUACAAAUACAAAGUCGACUCAUUGGAGGGUAUUAAUGAACUACCGGAGGGACUGUUUGUGAUUCCAGCCUUUAAACUUGAUGAGUUGAUGCAGUACCAGAUAUUUGCGGAGAAUUUCAAAAGUUUGAAUGAACUUCAGAUGAAUACCAUGUGCAUGAAGUCGGAGGCUCUUAUUGAAAAGGUGCUGAAGGUAUCAACUUCCAUAGAGCAACUCAUCAAGUCUUUUUUGUUUGAUCUUUCAAACGACGAGUUCAUUUCUCUUGAGGACCGCAGAAUCUAUCGUGAGUUGAGACACUUAUACAUACCUGUGUUAUUCGACAUGACGUUCAACUUGCUAGUCUCCUUUGAAAAAUAUGCAAGUGAUUUGCUAAUCACAAGGGCAGUGGAGCUAGUCCAUCUAUUGGGCUCAAACCAGUUCAAGCUUUAUGAGGUAUUCAGAGCAGCUGAUAAGCUUAAAUUAUUUCUGAAAAAGUUUGCUGUUGUAUUUAGUGAGAAUUACAUAUUCUGA